UUGCAAACUGACUGAAACAGUUUUGUGAUGUCGGCGCUCUUCGUGUUUUCUAUUUUUCAAUUCUUUUUAAAAAUUAAUUACAUUGCAAUAAAUUGCAAUCAAUAGAAUUAAAUUUUAAAAUUUGAUUAUUCAGUUUGUGCCGGCUUCCAAGUGUUUUUUCCUUACUGUACUUAGUUCAUCUUUUUAGUCUUCUGAAUAGUAUCCAGAAACAUGCUCUCGGUAAAAGAUAUGAGCAUUCACUUCCUCGUAACCAGUGAGAAUGACAAGGACAUCAGCGAUGAAAUGAAAAAAACAUUUCAAGACUGCAAAGAGGCAGGAUUGAAACCGAAAUUCGUAACUGAAGCUGCUGUGAAAGAGUUAUUGAGGGAGGAGAAAACGAAUAAGUCUAUUAUUGUCGAAAAAUUUGAAGGACAUCUAUUUGAAUACUUGAAGAGACAAAAAUGCUAUGUAUGUGGACCAAAGUGCCUUCAAAUUUGCCUAGCAGAAAAAAAACCGUUGCCACAAAAUAAAUCGCCUGUGUUCAUUACUGCGAUGAGAGAUUUGGUUGUUUCUGCCUCCAACAUUCCACCACAGAUCAAGGUAGUGCCAGUGGCAGUGAAGGCGUUGAAGCCAGGUUCGUCGACCGAAGACAAGUUGGACUUCUUCAGCGAGGCGGAGACGAUGAAGCGCUUCGACCACAAGAACAUUGUCAAGCUGCUCGGAGUCUGCAUGAAGGAGGCGCCUCUCUACACCAUUAUGGAGUUCAUGCUUUAUGGUCAGUGCCACAUAAUUCAAAAAGCAAUCGAAAAGGGCAUUCCGAUAAUGACUGUUGAAUGGGUGGAUGCCGUUUGGAAUGAGGGCAUCAGAAGGAAUGUACAUGCUACCAACUCUCAGUUCAACAAAUACAAAUGUCCCGUUUUCCUGGAUUUAUUUGUGACUGUAUCCAAUAUGCCGCAAUCAGACAAGGAGAAAAUCAAAAGGCUCAUCAAUAGCAAUGGAGGAACGUACUCGAAAGAAAUGAAGAAAAAUGAAACGAGUGUACUGAUCAUUUCGAAUGUGAAGAAUAGUCAGAAGUUCACUUUUGCCCAGGAGUGGAAACUGCCCUGUGUCAGUCCGUUGUGGGUUUAUGAGAGUGUCGAGAAGGGUUAUGCUCUUCCCGUUGAUGAUUACGUCAUGAAACCCACAGUUCACAGUUCAACGCCGACCAAGGAUGACCAGCUAGAAAGAAUGAGUUUUGGAGCAGCUGACAUAUCUGCAGUGGCAGGAACGAGUUUAUCCUACCAGAGUGGAUCACUUCCGUCCUGCAACGACACCACUCUGCUAUUCAACAAAGCCGCAGCACUGAAGUCUGCCGCCAAAUCCAAGUCAUCCGCACAACAUUCCUACAAAACCGAUCUCGAUAAACUGAACCUCACAGAUGCUAAACGAGCUGGUGCCUUUCUGGAAGGCUGCAAGGUGUAUCUGAGUGGUUUUGGAGCAGCUGACAUAUCUGCAGUGGCAGGAAUGAGUUUAUCCUACCAGAGUGGAUCACAUCCGUCCUGCAACGACACCACUCUGCUAUUCAACAAAGCCGCAGCACUGAAGUCUGCCGCCAAAUCCAAGUCAUCCGCACAACAUUCCUACAAAACCGAUCUCGAUAAACUGAACCUCACAGAUGCUAAACGAGCUGGUGCCUUUCUGGAAGGCUGCAAGGUGUAUCUGAGUGGUUUCAAGAGCGCAGAGCAGGACAAACUCAAGAGAAUACUGACUUUGGCCGGCGCCGUUGUCUUCAUGGAAAUAUCCGACGCCGUUUCGCAUGUGAUUUGCGGCGAGUUUGUGGCUGCUGACAUGAAGGCUGUCAACAAAUCAGCUAACAGACCGUUUCUGGUGACAGUGGAAUGGCUCGUUGUCAGUGUUGCUCAGAAAUCGACUGCUCCGGAAGAAAUCUAUUGCAAAUUAGUGAGCGAAGUGUCAGCUGAUCCAGAGCCUCCCUCUCCGCUCAGUCAGAAGGGUAUGAAGUUGUUGAAAAGAAGUGAGACUCUUAGUCCCGAUCAAACAAAAGUAGCGGCUAAAGAAAAAUCGCCAGAAGAUGUUGAGUCUAAAGAAGCCAAUCAUUCAGUGGUCAAUAGGAAACUUUUUGGAGAUUGUGAUAACGAUGAACCGUCUGAAGAUAAGAAUGACAAGCAACAAGAUGACGUAAUAGAGAUCAAGGAUGACAUGGAGAAUGGUGAAGAAGCAUCUGUCACUGAGGGCCCCAUUUUUAAAGGUUUGGCUUUCCUCAUUCUGGACUUUGAAGACACCACAGAGGAGCUGAUCAGGAAUAUGAUUAAUGAGAAUGGCGGAAAGGUGGUCUCACAGAUUUACAAGGGAGUCACGGAUCAGUUCACAGACUACGCCAUUGUUCCCUUUGAAGGCGCCUCAGGACAGUUACAGCUACAGUCUACUGUUGUCACUCAUAUAUGGCUCGAAGACUGUGUUCAGGAGAAUAAACUUCUUCCAGUAGUGUAUUACCACGAGCCGAUAUCUAUCUUGAACAGCUGUGCGCCUCUCACUGGUUGUGUCAUCACCAUUUCUACAUAUACAAACAAAGAACGUAUCUUCCUCGAUGCCUUAGUUGAAGCACUGGGAGCUAUUUCGCAAGAGGUGUUUGCUCGUAAAGACAACGUCGCUAAGGGCGUGAAGGCUUGUACACAUCUGGUAACUCCGUCGGCCGGCAGCCAGAAGUACAUGGCCGCGCUCAAAUGGAACAUCCCCACUGUCACCAAAGACUGGCUGCUCAGCUGUGCCAGGCUCGGCAAACGACUGCCGGAAAUUCAAUUUUCGGUAGCUGCCCAAGAUGGAAAUCAAGUUUGUCAGCCCCCAACAGCUCCCCGUGCACCGGCUUCAAAUGACGCAUCAAAUGACUGUCAAGUAAAAGACACUCCUCGUCCCAGAGAUGAUAAGCGAAUCUCGUUGUUAGUGCCCACAAAAGUAACAGAUUUGUCACAGCAGAAGACUAUUUUUGCGCCUGUCAAUGAAGAAACACCGAAAAGAUGUACCAGAACAGGCAACGAGACUCGAGUGCCGACAAAUGAAGAUGAAAAGUGUGAAACACCGGUUGCAUCUACUAGUUUUCAAAGGUCCAGUAGUCAUCGGUCGGUGUCGAACAAAGGAGACGGAGGAACAGACGCGCCUCCUUCAACCGGCUAUCAAAAUAGAACACCGGUCGCUUCUACCAGUUUUCAAAGGUCCAGUAGUCAUCGGUCUACAACGAACCAAGGAGAUGGAGAAACAGAGGCGCCUCCCUCAACCGGCUAUCAAAAUAGAACACCGGUCGCUUCUACCAGCUUUCAAAGGUCCAGUAGUCAUCGGUCUGUGUCCAACCAAGUAGAUGGAGAAACAGAGGCGCCUCCCUCAACCGGCUAUCAAUGUGGAACGCCGAUAAAUCUCGAUAACAGAACAAGGAAAUCGUUGGGAUUGACUCCCGCCUACAAACUUCCGUGGGAAAUGUCGACACCGGACACACCCUAUGAAAAGCUGCUCCCUCACUCAGGCGGUGGCAAAGAGGCUAGGAAGCGAAUCAAGCAUUGCAUCGAUAAUUUCAGUCAGAAUGUGCCCAAAAUACCUUCACCAAGGAAAAGAAAAAUGAGCACGCCAUUAUCAGAAUUAAUGAAGAGAGCAAAGGCUAAAUUUGGAUUAACGCCGGAUACGUCGAUGGUAGACUCUAAUAACGUGACCGGAAGUGAAGACAUUGAAAAUUGUGCCGAUGUGAAAAAUGAGAAAUCCUUUAAAGAGUCAACAACUGGCCCUAAAAACACGGAUCAUUGUAAUGAUAAUACUGAUAAUGGAAUAGAAACUGAACAGUCAUCAACCUCGACCAAAACUCCUGCGAAAACGUCUGCAGGAUCCGAAUUUUUGGAUGUAUUGAAUGAAAAGCUGCAGAAUCUUACGCCUGCCUGUCAAGAAGUGAAACGAUGGAUUCCUGACACAAACGAUCAGGUUGUAUCAGCGCGAAAAUCGACUGAAUCUAAAAGAGCAAGCACAAAAAGCAUGUGCAAGUUGGGACUGCGAGUCGCAACCAAUCGAUGUUGGCUGGCAGGAACCUGUGGAAGAAAGGGAGAAAGCAAGGUGGAGUCAGAAAUUGCUAUAACAGCUGCGUGCGUGCGAGCCGAAUGCCGGGGAGAACGCACAACUGACUGCCUCACUCUUUCUAUAUUUUCUGGAGUUCUGAUGAAUGAGAAGAAAGGCAGAUAUGAAGAGGUGAUAGUAGGCCUGGGUGGCACAUUGAUCAAGACUGAUAUUUACUCGAGUGAGAUCACACAUCUAAUCACUGAUGGUCCCAAGAGGAGUGAAAAACUGCUCUGCAGCAUUGCGGCCGGUCACUACAUUCUACACACUUCCUACUUGGAUGAAUCUUCCAAAUCUGGUUACUUCCUACCGGAAGAACAAUUUGAAUGGGGCAAUGAAUUAGCCAAGGAAAAUCUCCCCAACCUUCCAGCUGAGAAUGAAAGACUUCUAGCAGAAGCUGCAUAUAAGUGGCGAUUAAGAGUUUGUAACAGCAAAACAAAAACUGGAGCUUAUGAUAAAAUGAAGGCUGUCAUAUUCACUACUUCAAAUAAGAUGUAUGAAAAUUUAUUCAGACUGAUAAAUGCAGGAAAUGGAGAAGUUUUGGGAAGAAAGGAAGACUUGAAUGCCACACACUGUUUCAUCGACCCGAAAUAUAAUAGCAAGAUAAACGUGGAACUUUUGGCUUCAAAGAACAUCUAUUGUUUGAAUUCUGUCAACUUAGUUGACAUCCUAGUGAAUAUGCAGCUCGACUAUGAGGCUAUCAUUCCCAAAGACUAUAUCAAAUACUAUAAAUUUUAAUUGUACUUUAUUCACAAUUCUAUUGUUUUUUCAACCUUGACUAGAUUAGUCUUGUUCUAAACAUUCUCGUUCAUUGAAUGUUUAUCACCUGAGACCUGGAGACCUGUACCUAAAAAUUAUAAAUCAAACAUUAGAAAUCGAAUCCAUAAAUAAAAAUAGGAAGAUAUUGAGGAAUAAUUUUGUUAACAUGAAGUUAGAAAUCUAAAACUAUCACAAUUUUCUCCAGCUUUGUAACAGAAAUUGGUAUUAAUAGGUUAAGAUUCAAUCUUGAUAAUUGAGUUAGAAUAGAUAUUAACUAUAGCUGUACUUCAAAUUACAAAGAGAAUACAUAAAUUAAAUUUUUAGUGUGGAGCAUUUCCAUUCAAGCUCGUUUCUACCUAAACUUCUUAGAUAUACUUACUUACUCCCAGGGCCAUCUAUAUCUAAGUUGAUAUUUGGCCGCACCAACAGUCUCCACGUAGUUCACUCCUCAGCAUCUCUUUCUGUCGCUCCAAGCCUCUCCAUGUUAGUCUUAACCGGUUGCCAUCAUCUCUGUAUGGGUCUCCCACGGGGUCUUCUUCCUGGAGGGUUGGGUGUUGAAACUUUUUCCAGAUUGGACUCUUCUCCUCUCCUGAGUACGUGCCUGGCCCAUUGUAAUAUCCUACAUUGUAUUUAGCUCACAAUGUCUGGUUUAUUGUAGAGGUCUCUGAUUACCUUAUUAUGUUUCCUCCUCCAUUCUCCUUGCUUGUACGUGGGCCCAUAUAUCUUUCGCAGCACUUAAUUUUCAAACUAUGAGUUUUCGUACUUCUUUCUUGGUCAUUUUCCAAGUUUCAGACCCGUAGAGUGGUACUGGACUUGUUUAGUAUAGUCUGAGCUUUGUUUUGUGAGAUAGGGACUAUCGGUCCCUAUUGUUUUGUGAGAUAGGGACUAGUAAUUUGUUGCAGCCAUACAUACACCUGUUUGCUGAGUUUAUCCUAUUUUGUAACUCUAUAAUAUCCAAAUUUUUACUUGAAAAUGUUACCUCGAGCUAUUUGAAUUGCUGUAUUUGCUCGAAUUCAUGCUCAUCUAUUUUCAAGCUACCCAUAAUAUUUUCCCUCUGGUUUCUUGUGAAAUGUAUAAAUUUAGUUUGGAGUCAUUUAUUAUCAGGCCAAUUUUCUCUGCUUCUUCUAUUAGCAAUUUGGUAAGGGUUUUCAUAAUAUUUUCCCUCUGGUUUCUUGUAAAAUCUAUAAAUUUAGUUUUGGAGUCAUUUGUUAUCAGACCAAUUUCCUCUGCUUCUUCUAUUAGCAAUUUGGUAAUGGGUUUCAAUUUAGUUUUGGAGUCAUUUAUUAUCAGGUCAAUUUUCUCUGCUUCUUCUAUUAGCAAUUUUCUAAGGGUUUCACUUUCUGAAAUAAUUGCCACAUCAUCUGCAAAAGCCAACACAUUAAUCUUCGAUCCAACCUCUACAUCCACAUCUUGUUGAGCUACUUUUUGAAGCGCUUCUUCUAUGGCCAAGUUGGAUAGAAUUGGAGAGACCCAUCUCCCUGUCUGACUCCUGAAUUAACCAAGAACGGUUCACUGUAGUGGCCAUCUAUUUUAACAGAGCAUCUUGGUCCUGUCACACUCAUUUUUGACAAAUUGAUGAGUUUCUUUGGGAUACCAAAUUUAUCUAGUUGUGUCCAUAGUUUACCCCUUUUAAUACUAUCAUAUGCUUUUUGGAAGUCUAUGAAAACUGCAAAUAAUACUUUUUGUACUCCCAGUACACUGCUAUUAUUUCUUUUAAGAUGAAAACUUGGUUUGAUGUUGACCUGCCUUUCCCAAACCCAGCUUGGUGCUCUUCAAUUAUCCCGCCACAAUAGAAUUCUAGGCGGUUGAGAAUUACUUUUUAUAUCACUUUAUAGGGUACACUAAGAAGCAAGAUGCCGCAGUCUUCUUUAGUACCUUUUUUUAGUAUGGGCACUAUAACAGCUUCUUGCCAUCCAGAUGGUAUUUGUUUUUUCUCCCAAAUUUCUAGGAUCAGUUCCACUUACUUCGUCUUCUUUAGUACCUUUUUUUAGUAUGGGUACCAUAACAGCUUCAUGCCAUCCAGAUGGUAUUUGUUCUUUCUCCCAAAUUUCUAGGAUCAGUUCCACUUUCUUCGUCUUCUUUAGUACCUUUUUUUAGUAUGGGUACCAUAACAGCUUCUUGCCAUUCAGAUGCUAUGUGUUCUUUCUCCCAAAUUUCUAGGAUCAGUUCCACAGUUUUUCUGUAAUUACUUCGCCCCCUUUCUUUAAUAGUUCUGCUGUUAUCUCAUUUCUUCCAGGUGCCUUAUUGUAGCAUUUGAUAGCUUUUUCCACUUCUGAUCUGGUUGGGGGUUCUGCAUUAGGCUGAACGUUGUAAUAAUAAUAGGUACUGCUCAUUCUGUAGGUUUUUUUUUUAAAUCAAAUCAAAUUUGGUGUAGAGUUUGGUUCUCUACAUUGAGUAAUUCACAAAAGUAUUCUCUCCAUCUUUCUAGUACUUUUUGACUCUCAGUUACUAUCAUUUUUCACUCCAUAGAGGUGUGGAGUGAAUCAUUUCUUAAAGAAUCUCACUUUUCUGUAGAAGUCUCUUGCAUUAUUUGAUGUAUUGUCUUCCCCAGCUUUGUCCAGUAGCCCAAUAAUAUGGAGUAGUUGUUUCCCUCUUAGCAGCUUAUUGGGUUCUCUAUUAGACUCUCUGUAUAGCUCCCGGUCUUCUAUACUAUUGCCAUUCACCUCUAAUUCAAGGCCGCGGC